GGGUGAGACGGACCUCGGUGUCUGCGGCGCUUCAGCCCGGGAUGAGCACACGGGGAGGGGGACGCUCUGUGUUCACCAGGCCGCUGCAAGAUGGAGACACGUCUGCAGAGAGCAAGUGUUGCAGGAGUCUUUAGCAGUGAAGGAGGACAUCAGCUGUAAGGACACCAGAGACAUUUCAGUGAGACUUAUCCAGCGUCCUGGACUUGUCCUGUGAGGAGACUAAAUGCCUUUCAUUGAGAAAAGGCUCCGGAUGUUCAAGCAGCAGAUCACUUGAUCGAGAUGGGUAAUAAACAAACUAUAUUUACUGACGAGCAGCUUGAUGCCUACCAGGACUGUACAUUUUUCACCCGCAAAGAAAUUUUGCGGUUACAUGGCAGAUACCAUGAGUUGGCUCCACAUCUUGUACCAAUGGACUACACCAAGGAGCCUGAUUGCAAAGUGCCUUUAGCCUUGAUAGUCAACAUGCCAGAGUUAAAGGAAAAUCCAUUUCGAAGCAGGAUCGUCGAGUCUUUCUCAGAAGACGGGAUGGGCAAUCUCAGCUUCAAUGAAUUCGUGGACAUGUUCUCAGUCCUCAGUGAAAUGGCUCCCAGAGAACUCAAGGCCAUAUAUGCCUUCAAAAUAUAUGAUUUCAAUGUGGACAAUUACCUGUGCAAAGAGGACCUGGAAAAGACUCUGAAUAGGCUGACAAAGGAGGAGCUGACUCCUGAGGAGGUGGAGCUGGUGUGUGAGAAAGCCAUCGAGGAGGCCGAUCUGGACGGAGACAGCAAACUCUCCUUUGCUGACUUUGAGAAUAUGAUAUCUAGGGCACCUGACUUUUUAAGUACCUUCCAUAUACGAAUCUGAGAGGGCUAAGUGGAAGCUUUCCAAGGGCGACGGCGUGAUGAACCUCAGGACUCUACCCUGAACUGUAUCCUGGCCACAGCACAGUGCCUGUCCUCCAUUCCCAUUGUCAAAAAGAAAAUCACACAUCAGUUCUCUCUGGCUCCAUCGAAGUCUGCCGAGUUAGAAAUCAAGAUAUUGGGUAAAGCUGGAUUCCCAGGACUCUGGAUUUCUCGACUGUAGAUGAAAAUGUAUUUUCCUCCUAUUACUUAUUAAGGGCUUGACCUGCUUCGGUCUCUCAUUGGGAGAAAACUUAAUUCUUCCACAUUUUAAGUUUGAAAAAUGGGAAAUGAAACGAGUCUAAAAUGAGCCAGUCGUCUCCGGAUUGCUGCUUAUACUUAAAAUGCUUAUCUACCUACAUUGCACAUGUCUUCCUACAAUGACACAGUAGAUAUAAGGUUAAAGCUUGAAGUGAAUGAAAGCACAGCAUUGGCAUUAAGGGCAUACAGAUAUUCUCUAAUUGAGCUAUGCAAUAUUUGUACAUGCGGUGUGUUGCUUUAAGUCAUGCUAGGUUGUGUUUCUCGAGCACGUUGACAAUCAUAUAUUCCUGUUCUCCGGGUUAAAUGAAGGGCUCUGUCUUCUGAACUCAUUGUGGUAUCUUUCAUCUGCCUCAGCCAUUAUCAUGAGAUGGUAGUUACAGCCAUCCUUUGGUUACUACACAUGUUACAGUAUUUUUAUGUGACUUCAGGUAUUUUUGAUAAAUGCUUUUUUUCCUGUG